AUGCCUAAGAAGAUGAUAAUCACACAAAUGAGUCACUACUACACGACCAGCCUUGGGAUUCUUUUCCUGAUUAAUAUUCUCCCUGAAACCAGUGGUCAAGGGGAAUCAAGACGACAAGAACCUGGGGAUUUUGUGAAGCAGGAUAUUGGCGGACUCUCUCCUAAGCAUGCCCCAGAUAUUCCUGAUGACAGCACCGACAACAUCACUAUCUUCACCAGAAUCUUGGAUCGUCUUCUGGAUGGCUAUGACAACCGGCUGAGACCUGGGCUUGGAGAUGCAGUGACUGAAGUGAAGACUGACAUCUACGUGACCAGUUUUGGCCCUGUGUCGGACACUGACAUGGAGUAUACUAUUGAUGUAUUUUUUCGGCAGACAUGGCAUGAUGAAAGACUGAAAUUUGACGGACCGAUGAAGAUCCUUCCAUUGAACAAUCUCCUGGCUAGUAAGAUCUGGACUCCUGACACCUUUUUCCACAAUGGCAAGAAAUCAGUGGCUCAUAAUAUGACCACGCCCAACAAGCUGCUCAGACUGGUGGACAAUGGGACCCUCCUCUAUACAAUGAGGUUAACUAUUCAUGCCGAGUGUCCCAUGCAUUUGGAAGAUUUUCCCAUGGAUGUGCAUGCCUGCCCACUGAAGUUUGGAAGCUAUGCUUAUACAACAGCCGAAGUGGUUUAUUCUUGGACUCUUGGAAAGAACAGAUCUGUGGAAGUGGCACAGGAUGGCUCCCGUCUGAAUCAGUAUGACCUGCUGGGCCAUGUUGUUGGGACAGAGAUAAUCCGGUCUAGUACAGGAGAAUAUGUCGUCAUGACAACCCACUUUCAUCUCAAACGGAAAAUUGGCUACUUUGUGAUCCAGACCUACUUGCCAUGUAUCAUGACUGUCAUUCUGUCACAAGUGUCUUUCUGGCUCAACAGAGAGUCUGUCCCUGCCCGCACGGUUUUUGGUGUCACCACUGUUCUCACCAUGACCACCUUGAGUAUCAGUGCCAGAAACUCCUUACCUAAAGUGGCAUAUGCGACGGCCAUGGACUGGUUCAUAGCCGUCUGUUAUGCCUUUGUAUUUUCUGCACUGAUUGAAUUUGCCACUGUCAACUACUUCACCAAGCGGAGUUGGGCUUGGGAAGGCAAGAAGGUGCCAGAAGCUCUGGAGACGAAGAAGAAAACACCAGCAGCCCCAACAAAGAAAACCAGCACCACCUUCAACAUCGUGGGGACCACCUAUCCCAUCAACCUGGCCAAGGACACUGAGUUCUCCACCAUCUCCAAGGGCGCUGCUCCCAGUGCCUCCUCAACCCCAACAAUCAUUGCUUCACCCAAGGCCACCUAUGUGCAGGACAGCCCGACUGAGACCAAGACCUACAACAGUGUCAGCAAGGUUGACAAAAUUUCUCGCAUCAUCUUUCCUGUGCUCUUUGCCAUAUUCAAUCUGGUCUAUUGGGCCACAUAUGUCAACCGGGAGUCAGCUAUCAAGGGCAUGAUCCGCAAACAUUAG